GACUUAAAAAUCACGCGAAACGCUUAUAUAUAUUAAAUUUGCACUAAAAAAUUUACCAUAAACUAAAAAAAAAAAAAAAAAAAGAAAGAAAUCAGAUUCCGCUGCAAAUAGAGUAUUCGCCGGCAGUCUUAAAAGCCAUGCGGAAGAGAGGUACAUUAUCAUCUUAGAAGUAUCGAAGAAUCGGAAGAAUUUUGGCGUCUUUAAAACUUAGCGUUAAGUGAGGUCUCCCAUUUAUUCCUUGAAAAGCUUGAAAACCCAACGUUGGUUAAGGUGGAGUUUAAAGAAAUGGAUGGGAACACAUCUGUCGGAGAGGCUGAUGAGUUUGACUGGAAUACUGAAGACGAGCUGGAAAUUGCAAGCUAUGCUUUACCUUCUUGUUCUAAUGGGACACUGCAUGGUGGAGAGUCUGUUGCGAGCUCAACAAAGGCAAGCUCAUCAUCAGGAUCUUCCAGCACCAAGAUGAUUGAUCAUUUUGUAGGGAUGGGGUUCCCUGAAGAAAUGGUUACCAAAGCUAUUCGAGAAGUUGGAGAGCAGAAUACAGAUUUGAUACUUGAAACUCUACUGAAAUACUCAGCGAGCUCAUCAGCAAGCUCUUCGAACUCCAAGUUGAUUGAUCAUUUUGUGGGGAUGGGUUUUUCUGAGGAAAUGGUUGUCAAAGCAAUUAAGGAAAAUGGAGAGGAUAAUAUGGAUUCAAUAUUGGAAACUCUUCUCACAUACUCAGCUCUUGAAAAGUCUCCUCAAGCACAGCAUGAUGUCGAUUCUGAUGAAUACUUAUCUGAACUUGAAGGCAGCUUUCUGAAUGAUUUUUCAGAUAUCGAUAGUUCUGAGGGCGAGGAAAUCCAGAAAUCUGUUUCUGACGAGGAAGAUAAACUGUUGUUCUUAGCAAGCAUGGGGUAUGCAGUGGAGGAGGCUUCAAUAGCCAUGGAGAGAUGUGGGCCGGACUCUACCAUUGCAGAGUUAACAGAUUUUAUAUGUGCUGCUCAAAUGGCAAGGGCAUCCGAUGCACUAAUGGGAGGAUUAGAAGAGAAGCCUAAGCAGUUCUUCAAAGAUUAUCCUAAUCAAAAGAAGAGGAGAAUUCUUGACCAUGGCAAAAAGCAGAGGUUUGAGAAGAAGUUGCUGAAUGGAGAUGAUGAGCCAAUACGUCUACCAAUUCCUAUGAUUGGGUAUGGGGUACCUGCAGAACCGGGUUCUAUACAUCGGACACUUCCAGAGGCAGCCAUUGGACCCCCUUACUUCUACUAUGAGAAUGUGGCCCUUACUCCAAAAGGUGUUUGGGACACAAUUUCAAGAUUUUUAUAUGAUGUGGAGCCAGAAUUUGUUGACUCAAAGUAUUUCUGUGCUACUGCAAGGAAAAGGGGAUACGUGCACAAUCUGCCCAUUGAAAACAGAUUUCCUCUCCUCCCGCUUCCUCCUCACAAUAUUGGUGAAGCGCUGCCCUUAACAAAGAAAUGGUGGCCAUCAUGGGACUCAAGGACCCAAUUAAAUUGUUUGCAAACUUGUGUUGCAAGUGCUAAACUGACAGAGAGGAUCCGUAAGGCACUUGAAGACUAUGAUGGCAAUCCGCCUUUGCAUGUCCAGAAGUAUGUUCUUGAGGAAUGCAGAAAGUGGAACCUGGUCUGGGUUGGAAGAAAUAAGGUAGCUCCCCUUGAACCCGAUGAAGUAGAAAUGCUUUUGGGGUUCCCCAGGAAUCACACAAGAGGAGGGGGAAUCAGUAGGACUGACAGAUAUAAAUCACUGGGUAACUCAUUCCAGGUGGACACAGUGGCCUACCAUCUGUCAGUGUUGAAGGAACUGUUUCCAGGAGGCAUCAAUGUUCUCUCUCUUUUCUCUGGGAUCGGUGGUGCUGAAGUUGCACUUCAUCGUCUUGGAAUUCCUUUAAAGAAUGUUGUGGCAGUUGAGAUUUCCGAAGUAAAUAGAAAUAUUAUCCGCAGUUGGUGGGAGCAAACAAACCAGAAAGGAAGAUUAAUCGACUUGGAAGAUGUUCAACAUCUUAAUGCUGACCGUUUAGAGCACAUGAUGAGUUCAUUUGGCGGAUUUGAUCUUGUAAUUGGUGGGAGUCCAUGUAACAAUCUUUCAGGUAGCAAUAGAUAUAGCAGAGAUGGACUUGAUGGUAAACAUUCUGCACUCUUCUAUGAUUUUUUCCGGAUUCUGGACUUGGUCAAGGAUUUGACCACAAAACACUAGUGGUUUCAUGUAACUAUAGCUUAUUUGACACACUGGUCUGAAAUUUGGAAUUCUUCCACCCUUUAUUUAUUCUUGGUGAACCAAGAAUAAAAAUUUUGGAAGAAAAUUCAUAUGUUCUGAAUAUUCUUUUAGUAUAUUUAUGAUAAUGCAGUACUCUUUUUAA